AUGAUCGCCGGCACUCUUGGCCCCGUUGCAUCGGCCUUCAGUAUAUGUGCCCUCGUCCGGCCAUGGCGCCAACAUUUCCCGCCGGGCACCGAUAUCAAUGCGGCCGCCUUCAUCCCGGAUCCAAAAUGGCUCAUCAUCGUCAAUGCCAUCCAGCUUGCCAUAGCCAUCAUCUCCAACAUAUUUCUCCUCCUUAACAUGGCCCGCCGAGUCCGCUUCUCCCUUGCACAACCCAUAACCAUUGUGGGGUGGUACAUCUCCGCCAUUUGCCUUAUCGCCCUCAACGCCACAGCUACUGGACCCCUGGUGAUCGAGCCUCGUGAAGAGUACAUCAAUUCCCAGGCAUUCUACUACGGCAUGUUUGCCGCCAUUCUCUACUUUGUCACCGCCUCGCUCAUGGUCGUCACUGUCUAUGGCGCUUACACUCGCCACUACGCAAAGGACUUUCAACUCACCACCGCCCAGCGCACUCUCAUGCUGCAGACCAUCCUCUUUCUCCUGUACCUUCUUCUCGGCGCCUUAGUGUUCUCCACCAUCGAAGGCUGGACCUAUCUUGACGCUGUGUACUGGGCCGACGUCACGCUCUUUACUGUUGGCUUCGGCGAUUUUGCAGCCGCUUCACCACUAGGCCGUGCCUUACUCAUCCCAUAUGCGCUCAUCGGAGUCAUCAGUCUCGGUCUAGUGGUCGGCUCCAUACGUAGCUUAGUCCUUGAACGCGGUCGCCGACGACUGGACGCCCGCAUGGUCGAGAAGAAACGUCGGCAACUCAUCCGCACAAUGACCCGGAAAGGCAAGGACGACAUUCUAAAGCCUAUCCAUUCAAAUGAAGAGGCAUCCCCUGACAGCUCCCCCUUGCCGACAACCGAAUUCGAGCGCCGGCAGGAGGAGUUCAAUCUGAUGCGCGAAAUCCAGGACUCCGCCUCUGUCCGUCGUCGCUGGUUGGCCAUGUCCAUAUCUUUUUCUUCCUGGCUCGUCCUCUGGCUUGUAGGUGCCAAGGUCUUCCAGGAAUGCGAGCGCCCAUAUCAGAACUGGUCUUACUUCGAGGGCUUCUACUUUGCGUUCGUGACUCUUACAACCAUCGGUUAUGGUGACCGUACGCCUGUAUCCAAUCCGGGCAAGGCGUUCUUCGUGUUUUGGUCCCUGCUUGCUUUGCCAACAAUGACAGUCAUGAUUUCCAAUGCGGGUGACACUGUAGUGAAGGCUGUUCGCGAUGCCACUCUAGAGCUCGGAAACAUCACGAUUCUGCCAGGCGAGCGUGGAUUCCGCAAGGACUUUGUGUCUAUUCUCAAUCGAUGGACCUGCGGCGUGGUUUUCAAACGAUUAAAAGACAGCGAGGAUGACGAGCUACCACCAGGCUUUCUCGGGAACGCCCACCGGCUGAGAGAAGGCAGUUCAGGAGAAGAAGACGAUACCGACGCUUAUUCAUCCGCCCCUGAUCCCUCCUUCGUCCCUGACCAGGAACGAUCUCGUAGCAUGGGACCUACACCCGAAAAGCCCCGACAACGACGCCGGUCCCGCGUUCGUGACCCGACUGCUGCCCUCCCUACCUCACGUGCAGAUUACCACUACCUUCUCAUCUCCGAAAUCGCCGCCGUCCGCCAACACGCUAAACAAAAGCCGCCCCGCAGGUACUCCUUUGCUGAGUGGGCAUGGUAUCUAAAACUGAUAGGUGAAGACGAGAGUAGCUCUGCGACUCACCGCAAGGCCCGCCCGCACAUUCAUUCGAAGAAGAAGAGCAAGCGCAAGAGGCUGAACGGAGGUGACGGAGACAAUGACGCGGAGUGCCCCGACGAGGACAAAUGGUCUUGGGUAGGCUCGCAAUCGCCGCUGAUGGGUAGUCUAGACGAAUCCGAAUGGAUACUGGAAAAAUUGACGGAUAAGUUGCGAGAUGAGCUCGACGUAGUUCGUGGCGAGGACCUGGAGAGGAGGGAAACCCCAGAGAGAAACCGAGAUCUAGAGGAGGAGAGGAAGGGGAUGGAUGAGGCCAAGGAGUCUAGCAAAUGA